AAAAGAUGCCCCUUUCCUCCCCCCAAGAACAAAAUAGAUCUGGGAGCUUGCUCAGCCAUGGGAGAGAGGAGCAAGAAAUACAGUGGUGCCUGGAAGGGAAAAAAGCAUGGAAAGGAAGGGAACGCAGGGAGCAGCUGUCAGCACCACCAGGCUUCUGUGGCUCAAGUUCUUUAAGGAAUUAUAGCUCAUGGAGGAAGAAUAACGAGUUUCAUGGCUCCUCCUUCUGUUCAGUGAGCUCAUCUGAGCUCACGAUGAUUGUAAGUACGCAUUUUGUAUUUCGUGCAUCCUUUAGAGUGUAAAUCCCAAAGCUCGCCCCAGCAGCUGUCGCCGUGCGGGUAGGAGCAGUGCAGGGUGUGUGCAGGUGUUCGUGCCCUCUCGUGGCUAAAAUCUGAAUCUCAGUGCUGCUGGGGACUGUCACCAGAGCCACUUCUAAGGCAGUGACCUGCCGAGCAGACAGCUGCAAGUGCCAGGAAGCUGCAAGCAGGUAUUUUAAUGGGCACAGAAGUAAACCCCAAGUUUGAAUUGGCUCUUGUGUUCUGUUUUGCAGUGACUUACAGUGCAAGAGAGGAGUCAGAAAUAUCCCAACACAGUAAACACUCAUUUCAGACCUUCAGGACUGCUAUUAAUCCUUAAUCCCUGUAAAGUUACUUAUUUAGUGCUGAAAUUCUAAAUCUGAAUGCUUUGCAGUGUAAAGUCAGAAAGCUCAUUAACUUUGUUCAGCUAUGUUAAUAACUAAUCUUUCUGAGAGUGACUUCAUUGAGCAGGACUGAUCUUCCAAACAACCUCCUUGAAUGAUGUUAAAUGUACACCUGUCCUUUAAUUCUUCCCCAAUUAAUGGACAGCUGACAAAGGAAUGUCUUUUCUUGGAGUGUGUGUCAGGUGACACAGCCUGGGGGGGAGCCCCCUUGGUGUUCAGAUAGAAGAGUCCUUCAUCCUGACUUCUCAGCCUUCCCCAGAGUUGGAGGUGUUAGGAAGCUUAACAGGAACAGGUCUGACUUAUCAGCCACCUCUCCUCAAGCUCCCGUUUGGAGCUUAUCUGAAGCUACUGGUUGAAAUAUUCAUGCAAGAUUCUACUUAACCUGGCUCUUCAGCUGUUAAAGGAGCAUAAUGAAUAUUUCUAUUUGCUCUUGUCCAGUUGAAUGGUGGAUUUAUUCAGCAAGUACUUUGAAUUCUUUGCUGUGUUAGUAUUGGGUUUAUUUAUCACUGCUCCUUGUAAAAAAAAAAAAAAAAAAAAAGUUGGUCUUGUUUCUAAGAUUUCUUGGUUGAAAGCAGCAGCAGCCACAGAAAAAUAUGCAAUUUCUUUGUUAAUUUUUUCCAUUCAAGGGUUUUCUUUUCAUGUCUAAAUUCCUUUACAAUUUCCCAUGUUUCAUAUUUUUCAAGGUAUAUUGAUUAUUAUCUGUAUCUUUUUUUUCCUCCUUUAUCUCUGCCUUUUUAACUACUGCUUUUAUUUCUUUGUUUUGUUGAAUGGCUUUAGAGUCAGGGUUGGCUUUUCUGACUGCAGAAUCCUAGUCUGAUUGCAACUUCUUGAUGUUUAAUGAAUACUUAAUUCCCAGCUUUUGUCAUGAUGUUUAUCCAUGUUUCCUCUCAAUAAUUUCUUUCCUAGUCUUGACCUCAGGAAAAGGAUCUUUUUGAAGUAACAAUGUAUUUUAAGUGAAUUUGGAGAGAGGGAAACUACAAGUAAGCCAAAAGUUUAAAGUCUAUUAUUAUUUAACAUUUUCUUGCUCUUCACACUUUUCACAGUGCAUCUACAAACUCACCAGAGUGUGGUGGGAUGGACUUGAAAGAUAUUUUCCCAAGUCCCCUGAUUUUAGUUCUUGCAGUAGUGGAGAUUUCUCUGCUGGGUAAUUUGGUUUCUUUCUUAUCUAGUACUACUGAUAGUGCUGCUUCAAACCAUCAGACCACUCCUGCUCUGCUGCUGAGAAGUCUGGAAAAGGUUGAGGGGGAACUGGGUAAAAUAAGAUUACACUCACCAGCUGACAGCUUUUGAUAAGACAGUCCGCAUACUCCUUCCUCUUUGUUUUGUUUGCCCCCACAAAGUUUUCUGCUUUUCCAUACACUUAAACUGCAUAAUUUUAUAGAACCAAAUAAGUGACUUAUUUUUGCAGAUUUAGAUGGGAGGGGAGACUUGGUCAUUUCAUUGUCGUGAAAGUGGAAAAAAGCACUUGAGUAUGCUGUGAAGAGGAGAGCAUUUGGAUAACGGGCAGCAAGCAGCAUACUGUGGAAGCCAAUGCUGCAGUGGGCUGUCCUGGCAAGGUACUGCCUGGUGGGCUGGGUCACAACAGGGACUCAAAACUGAGUAGUUCCCUGUAAUUUCAGCAAGGAAACAGUGAAACAAAUUAAGAUGGUUCCUGGUUGGAGCAAAUACCCCUGGUCAAGCAACCUCCUGCACCUGUCUGAAUCCCCCCUUGCUGCCCCUCUCUAUAUUUACCCAGUGGGAACUUUCCAAGAAUGGAAGUGGGAAGAUAAAUGCCUGUGGGGGCUAAAUUUAGCCUAGGCUCUCUGGCCCUGAUCCCUCUGGUGGCAUUUCAGCUGUGAGUUUGACAGCCUGCACCCUUCCAGUUGCGCAGAGUGGAUGUCCAUCCCUGACAGAGCAAGAGCCUCUCUUUCUCUUCCCCCUCCCCUUUUUUUAUUUAAACCAAGGAAGAAUCCUCCAUGGGACCACGUCUGCUUUGCCUGUCUUGGGUGUGAGCAUCACUUGCCUCGCAGAGACAUCAGGUUUUACUGCUUACAAUGAAAGUGGUGCUCAGAAGACAGGCAAAAAAAAUGAGCUUAAUGGACAUCAAUAAGAUUUUCUCCAUGCUCCAGCCCAGAGAAGAAGAUGAUAGUGGAGAAAGUGAGGAGCUGAACCAAGCGGUGUCUGAGGACGAUUACCAAACUCUUGAUAAGCUCUUGCACCAAGACAGGUACAAGAGAGUCAUCAACAACAGGAGUGGCUGGGGUGUUCCCAGCACCCCGCUGCGCCUGGCUGCAUCCAAGGGCCACCUCAGGAGCCUGGAGGUCCUCCUGUCUCACGGGGCAGAGGUGGACAGUCUGGAUGUGAAGGCACAAACCCCACUUUUCACAGCAGUCAGCAAUGGCCACUUGGAGUGUGUGAAAGCGCUGCUGGAGGCAGGAGCUGGUCCCUCUGGCAGCAUCUACAACAAUUGCUCACCGCUGCUGACAGCAGCUAGGGAUGGGAACGUUGAGAUUCUGCAGCAGCUCCUGGAGCACGGUGCCGAGACCAACGUCCAAGCGAGGGUGCCUGAGUGGGCUGCCAACUCCACUGCUUGUUCUGGUCCACUGUACCUCGCGGCUGUCUAUGGGCACCUGGAAUGCUUUAGGUUGCUGCUGCUCUAUGGCGCCGAUCCCAACUACAACUGCACUGAUGAGAGGAUGAUCGCGCGCAUCAAGGAGCCCAAGACUCUGUUGGAGAUCUGCCUGAGGCACAGCUGCCGGCGUGAGUUCAUCAAGCUGCUUCUUGACUUUGGAGCCAAUGUCUAUUUGCCAAACAUCAAGAAGAUAGCACCUGAUAGUGAGGGCCUGGAGCUGCUGUUGCAGGCAAGAGCUCAUCCCAAAUCCCUGAUGUCUCAGUCUAGGCUGGUGGUGAGAUACAUCCUGAAGCAGGCCGGCCGUGCACAUGCCCUCAGAGAGCUGGACAUUCCACCAGUGCUGGUGAGCUACCUCCAACAUCAGCCUUAGCAGGGACACAACGUGGAAGACACCUGCCCCAGAAAUAUGCCUAGUGCCUGAAUUAAAAGCUCCUCUGACGCUGCUGUUGCACAGCACAAAACAGAUGUGAAUUUGUAGUUAAAAAGUUGGGGUUUUUUUGCUUGCAAAGUGUCUCUGAAACCUGUAUGGAAAGAUACUAAGAGAAGGAGAAGAGAAAACCAGGAGUCUUCAGCUCCUGCUAUGCACCAGGCACAUCAGAGUGAUGGCAGAGCAGGAUUUGAGCAAAGCUGCAGGUUGUUCCUCGGCUGUGUAGAUGACCUGUUUCCCAGAGAGGUACUUCUAAGGUACUUCCUUGGUCGUGCAGCCUGGUGAGAGCAGCAGGAGGCUGUUUCAGCCACAUUUGAGUGCCCUAACACUACUUAGAUGUGGUUGUCACUUCCCCUGCACCCCUGUGCCAUGCCCUGACACCAGGUAAACGCAAAGGCUGUUCCCCAGUGGCCAUGCUUGUGGAUGACUCAGCAGAGGCUGCAGUUCAUGUUCCCAGGCAAAAAUCCCUGAAGUCCGAAAUCCCACUUCUCUGUUCAAGGAGUAACACUAAAUGUCAUUUUACUCUUACUAAAAGUGAUUAAUGUUGCUGCUGAGGGCUGAAGCAUCUCUCUUGGCUGAGUGCCUAUGAUUGUGCAGGAUUUCUUAAUUAAAAACAUAUGCUAAUAUUUUUAUUAAACUAUUGUGAUCUGUUUGGUAAAAUAUUGUUAAAGUGAUCAUGGAAGAGACUAGGAGCCCAGCCCAUGUCAUCUGGAAGUGACUGUUAAGCCUGGGUGGCCUUCACUGGGGAUACAUUCUGCUAACUGCUAGUUCUUUCACUCCAGCAUUGCUGUUGAAAUGGAGGCAAAGGGAAGUGCUACCAAACACCCUUGGCAGAGUGGGCCAUUGGCUUUGGUUCAGACUCCUGUUCACUAUUAAGCUCCUGCAAAAUGUCAGUGCGACAUCAGCUCUGCACAGGUCGCUGUCUGCAAAACACAGGUACAUCCUGCAUUUCAAAGGUUGUGGAGUCUAUUAAUUAGUCUGCAGGAAGUCUCUCAGGAGAAGCAUCCAGGUCUCUAAAGCUUGGCAUUCUUCAAAUUAGCUGAACAAUGCUUUGGAAAUCUCUCAGUGGUGUGGGGAGUGAUUGCAUGUUAAGGGUGGAAUGGAGCUGCCUGAUCUGGUGGGUCUUGCUCUCCUCCAGUCAACAUAAAGCAGCCUCUUCCCUGGGAGGAAGGCUGCACAAGAAGUCAUUCCUCUGCCAGCCUGCUCACACGUGGAAGCCCCAGCAGCAACAAAUCCCCAUGGCAGAUGCCCUCCACAUCCAAGGCAGUGGUGCUGUAGCUCUCCAUUCUGCUGCACGUACUGUGUUGGGCACUCAGCUGGUGCUGUGAACUUCAUUGUUUCAGUCUGAAAUGCCCUGACAUCCUGGGAAGUGUAAUAUCAUAGGGACUUCAUGGGGUGAUUCUCCUGCUUUGUAGGCUGCCCUGAGCAGCACCAGGCCUUCCUCUGAAGGGCCUGAAGUUAGCCUGUGCUGUGUGCAAAUCCUCCAGCGGCUUGUCCACAAAGGUGGAAGAGUGAAGUUUGUUUCCUUUGCAAAGGCUGAUAUGGCUGUGUGAUCUUCAAGCUCUAUCUAAGCAGCAGCAUGCAUUGGUGCUGCAGCUGAGCACGUGUAAAUAACUCCUGUACUGCUCUUGUUCUAGUCCUUAAUUUAAAAUCCUGGAUGGAAACGAGGGCUUAGUCCUGAUGUUGGAUUCCUAAACUGUCCAGUACAGCUUUCUCUUCACCCAACCACUUGUUCACGGGCGGUGGGGUAAGAAAGUUCUGGUUUUGGGCUGUAGGAAGGGGAGUGCAGCUGAGCCUUUGCUAUGGGGCUUCCACGGCAGGGCCGGGGAGAUGGAGGACCCCGGCACCACCACGACCCCCGGCAGGCAAGGCAGAUAACGAGUGUCAAAAUGGGAAUGAAACUGAAUAUCCGAAAGGGCGAAAAACGUCAUUUUCUCAGUAGUCGCACCAAACGAGAACCAGCUGGUGGCCCUCGUGCCAGCUGCACAUCUUUAUUAAUUACCGGACAUUUUGUCAUCAGGAGCGCUGCUGCAGCCUGCGGUGCCGCGAGCAGCAGCCCUGCACCGGCACCGCGCGGCCGCUCCGCCCUUCUCGCUCUCCAAGGCGUCUCCUCACGUUCCUGGCUCGCGGCGCCCCAGCCGACGGCGAGCAGCAGGCAGCGCGGCGCGGCUGUCCGUGCGGAGCUCCUUUC